AUGGCAAAAGUUUCAUCCUCCAAGAUGCACCUUUUCAAAUUAUUUCUAUUAGUUCUAAUUCUUCUUGUAACAAUCACUUCCAGUGAAGACGUAUGUGACGCAAAGGAAGGAGAUUGUCCGGCUGAUCAAGAUCCUUCUCCUGUUACUAAUACUGCUGUAGAACAAGUCAAAGGAGUUUGUCCUCGACCCAGCCGAACGAUUUACAGUCAGGGCGGAACGGCGCAAGCUUACAAACCCAAUGCACCCUUGGCAUCGACAGUAUGCGAACCGGAAGCCGCUCGACAAUAUAAAUACAAGAGAGCCUCUUGGAAUUUGUCUCGAAGGACAUUUCGAAAGGGAACCGCACCAGAACUUGACAUUACUAUUCGAUUCAAUAGUUGCUCGAAUGAUAGCAAACAAUGUCAAUGCUUCAAGGUCGAGCGCCCUUCCUCACCGAGUGAUCGAGUCGAAGUGUGGCAAACACGUCCGGAUGGUCGAUAUUCUUCCUUGCGGUCUUCGGACGAGUGUCGGGCGCAGGUGCAAAUGAAUGAUGACGGAACCAUUCAAUUCACAACGGUCGCACCUGGAUCCAGUGGCUUGAUGGGCGGUUUGGGACCUUCUGGAUUUGAUUGGUCACCAUAUGGUCCUCCCGUGAUUCAUAUGUUGGUACAAGUUACGGAUCAUGCUCCGAUACUACUGGACGUUCCGAUACUCUUCCGAACGGGAGACCUGACGCCACAUGGUUUUUCACUGGGUGAUUGGCGAGGACAGGGAUGGUCGAAGUAUAGACCUAGAGAGUUGGUAUUAUCCUUGACUUCGUGGGAACCCAAUGUGGAAGAGAAUCGGAUUGCGAUUGAGUAUGAAAUCAGUCUGCAACAGACGGAAGGAGAGAAGAAGAAUUCAGCCAACCUGUGCGAAUCUUAUCUGAAAAUGCUCCCCAGCUCCUUUUACCUCGAGCCAAUUGCCACCUGUUCCAAAUCAAUAUUGGACUUUUUUGCGGUAUAG